AUGCCCAUCACAGUUACUUCUCUCUCUUGCCAAGACUACACCCAGUGGUCCUCCCUUUGGGCACAGUACCUCUCUGAAACCGCCAACACAACGCUUCCAGAAUCUCAGUUCCACUCCACAUUCGCACGCCUAGUAGCCCCAGAUGGCGACAUCCACGGCCUAGUGCUUCGCGAUAGCGAGACUGGCAGCUUGCUUGGCCUCGCGCACUUCACUGGGCUCGCGAGUCCGUGGUCAGAAAAGAGAAUCUGCUAUAUGAGCGAUCUCUUCGUGGCAGUGAACGAACGCAACAAAGGCUACGGGCGGCGGCUGCUGAACGCAGUCGCCGAAGCCGGACGACUCCUCAACUGCCGGAGGGUGAGCUGGAUCACCGGCACCGACAACGUCGUCGCGCGGCGGUUGUACGACAAACUCGCGGCAAGCAAGGACGUGUAUUAUCGCUGGGACUUGGAUUGA